ACAACAGAGUGUAAACGAAGGCAAACAAUCGUAUUCUGCUGCGCUGUCGGGUCAAAACGCGUGCGCGCAGCUUGAAUAAUUCCCCCGCCGUCCCUGCGGCUCAGAGGGCGCCCAGACGAAGCCGUCUGGCCGAUUUACACAUCGCGUGCGAACCGACCGCUUCUCGUGACAGCGGGACAGAUGCUUCUCAGGCAAACGCUGCCUUCUCUGCAGGAAGUGCAGCGAGGCGGCACGGCGCAUGCUCCCCGCGUCUGACAAGCCGAAAGAUGAAUUGCCCGCUGCUGUAAAGCGCUCUCUGUGGAGGGGUGAUGGCUGGUGCUGAGGUCACUGUGUCUUCAGGGGAACUCAUGUUGGUGAAGGAGCAGGAGGAGGAGGGGGAGUCAGGCGGCAGCGACCAUAAGACUCAAGUCAUCCUCCACCUUCAACCCAUUCUGCAAGGGAAAAACGGCGACAUUGCUGACACUGGCACCACAGUCUUAGCCAUAAAGACACAUGAUGAUGACAGUAACGAAGAAGCAGAAGAAACUGAGUAUGGCUACCCCAUCACCUGUGGAGACAGCAAAGCCGUCCUGCUCUUCAAGAAGUUUGUGUGCCCAGGAAUAAAUGUUAGAUGUGUCAAAUUCAACGACCAGCUCAUCAGUCCUAAGCAGUUCGUACACCUGGCAGGAAAAGCUACUCUGAAGGACUGGAAAAGGGCCAUCAGACUGGGGGGAGUCAUGCUCAGGAAGAUGAUGGACUCCGGCCAGAUAGAUUUCUACCAGCAUGACACCGCAUGCAGCAACACCUGCCGCAGCACAAAGUUUGACGCGCUGAUCAACAGCUCGCGCCUUCCUCCUGGGGCCGCGGUGCAGCCGAGCCCAUCGGGCCCGGCUCUCGACCCUCAUGGAGGUCAGCUUCCUCUGCUGACAGGCAGGGUUGUGCGCGACGCAGCAGACGCGGCGGAGCCGUUGGAGGACACACUCAGAGCAGCAGCAGCAGCAGCAGCGUGGGGCUCAGGUCCAGCCCUGCUUUUAAACCCAACAGCCAAUGGACACGCUGCCAAGAGGAAAAGAGCUGAUACACCUGAUGGAGUGCUGAGGCUGUGGAGGGCUGUGGCAGACUCAGGCCUGAUGGGGGAGGUCCUGUCCAGCCUCCACACUGAGGUAUUGGCCGCUCUUAAAGGAGUGGAGGCUCGUAGUGAGAAGGCCGACCUGCAGGAACCUGAUGCCAUCAUACUAAAUUCCUUGUGCGAGAUGUUUGGACUCUUAGACUCAGUUAAACAGGCUGUGCACCUGAGGUGCAGCCAGAAUCAAUGGAACAAAGCCCAUAAUCGUGUUUAUGUGUUAAAUGAGACAUUAGAGGAUCAAAGGAAGCAGGGUUGUGAAAAAAGUACAUCCUCAAAACAUGCUCGACCCCAACAUCAAAACCCGUCAAAGAGCCGAGCGCACCACAUGCUUCCUCCCGGCAGAACUAGGCCAGUGGUCCAGGCGCUCGCUCCCACGGCCUCAUCCACGGCGCCUCACGCUCAGCUCAGCAUCACCCCACAACUCGCCACCCUUUUCCCCGCCUCUGCUGGCCGGCCCCACCGUACGGGCGCUGAUGGGAUGAUCAGGGAUGAUCGAAAUGCUAAGCUAGAGAGGAAGAACCAUAAGCACGAGGGGACGGGGAGCCCGGGGAACCCUCAUCACGGCACCACAGGGAGCUGCAGGGAGCCUGGGCGGAGGAUUAGCGAGUCUCAAGUAGCUCCUCAACUUAGAAGUGAAGAAGCAAAGAAGACAAAGAGCUUGUGUGACAUUGAAAGGGUGAUUAUUGGAAGAAAGGCAUCAAAGAAACAGAAGAGUCAGUGAGAGCGAGACGAUCCCUAAGGGAUGCUGGAGGACUAAAUGAGGAAAUGUGCCUCAGACUAGACGGAGACCAACAGAAGGGAAAGAGCUUUGUCUUCUACACUCAUACUGUACAUGCUCCGGUUACUUUAGCGAUGCUCCUGGGACCCAAUUGUUCUCCUUUUAACAAGCAUGUCAGACAAUGUUUUACCAACUCAACGCACAUCACAGCGAAGCCGGAGACAGAUUGAUUCAUUGAUUGAUUCCUAAUUUAGACAAGGCUCCCACCGCUUGAUUACAGAUGAGAAGAGUGUUUUAAUAAUGAAAGUGCAGAUCUGUUUCUUAGACACACUGUUUGAAACCCGGGUCACUGUAACAGAACUCUGUGAAAUGUCCAAUGGGAAAGCGGUCCUAACACAUGGGUUUGGUGAAGACACCUUCAGAUAUUUGUGAUAACUCUUUCUAAUACUUUUAUAAUUGAAUUCUAAGAAUAUUUGUAAUUGAACCUGCACUUAUUUUGUGAGGUGACUUGUGUUUUGCUUUGAUCGUAUUGAUUUUUGAUAAUUUUACAUAUACCUUUGUCAUAAUACCUAAGAGCAGCCUACAAUCUAUGCAGCAUUCACUGCUGGAACAAUAGGUCAUUCUGAGCAGUGAUGCAUAAGGGAACUCUUACAACAUGUACUGUUGCUUUAUACUGGCCACUGUGUACUAGUGCACUGCAAAUACAUCAUCUCUGUAGAAAAUUAAAAUGGAGAAACAUGUGA